AAACAAAUCACAUAAAAAAUACCAAUAGUGAGAACCAUACAUUUAUCAUCACCAAAACUAAAAGAUAGAGAAAAAAAUCACCAUGAAAGGUUAUGAACCAAGGUCAAGUUCCUCUUGUGCAGCCUGCAAGUUUCUGAAAAGAAGAUGCAUACCAAAUUGUAUAUUCGCACCCUACUUUCGCUCCGACGAGUGCAAGAAAUUCGCCAAAGUCCACAAAGUUUUCGGAGCAAGUAAUGUGAGCAAGAUUCUGAUUGAAGUUCCGGAGGAACAGAGGGAAGAAACUGUGAAUUCUUUGGCUUAUGAAGCUGAUGCUAGGCUUAAAGAUCCUGUUUAUGGAUGCAUAGGUGCUAUAGCAAUUUUGCAGAGGAAGAUGGUUGAACUUCAACACGACCUCGCUAUUGCGAAGGAUCGCCUCGCUUGUUGCGCUGCUGUUGCUGCUACUGCUGCUGCUACUGCUACGACUCCGAGUACUUCUUCGAAUGAUUUGAUGAAUUCUAAUGUCAGUUUGCCGCCUUUUCCUGAGUUUUUCUCUUGCAGUGAUUUCAAUGAUAAUUUUAGUCACAGUUCGUCGUCUCAGUCGUUUAGUCGAAACGAAACUGUGGAUGAUUUCUUCCAAAUUCCUUAUAUAUUUUGAUGUCGUCGUUGUUAUUACCCUUUUUACUCUUUUGAUGUAAUUGUUCUGAAUUGUGUGAUCAAUCAAAAAGAAGUGCUUUUGUUUGUAUAUGCUAAUAAAUAAAAACUAUAUGAAUAAACUCGUUUUCCAAUUCCUAGAAA